AGAGGGAUGGAUGCUCGAGAGGAGGGGGAUGCUCGAGAGGAGGGGGAUGCUCCAAGAAGGAUGCUGUGUGGUAGGGUAGCGCUGUCGUACCACGUCAGCCUUGUGCACAUAACAGGGUUAGGUUGUAUUCUAAACUGGGUAGGUGACCACAGAACAAUUUUCAUAGACCGGAUUUAACACCUUUAUAUUUUUUUGAACACGGUGACAACCUUAAGAGAUAAAUACAGUUAAGGUCAAGUGGAAAAACGCCAACCUUUUCUACCAAAGGUCUCAAUUUGGAGGAAAAUAUUCUGGCUGUAGCUGAUAAAAGAGCUGUCCGUGGCGCUGAAUUCCAGAUCCACAGAGAUCCCCAGUUCACACCCAUGCUCUUGUGCCACUCCUGAUAUCUCCCGUUCCUAGCAGCAACCAGCCUCACCGCCAGAGCCAAGAUGGACGACGGCUAUGGACGAGACGGACGGCAGGACUUCAUCCGCGGCGCCAAAGACAUCGCCAAGGUGGUGAAGAAGCAGGCGGGCAAGAAGGUGGGCCGCAGYGUGGACAAAAUGGCCGACGAGUACACCAAGCGCUCGUACAAGCGCUUCGAGGAAGAGGACGAUGAUGACGACUACCCCGUGCAGCAGAGCCAAGAUGGCGACGGCUACUACCGCAACGACAGCCGGGCCAACGACGAMGAGGGCGGCCACAGCGACUCCACAGAAGGUCACGACGAAGACGAUGAGAUCUAUGAGGGCGAGUACCAGGGAAUCCCCCGGGCAGAGUCCGGAAAAACUGUUCCGGCGGACGGGAUUGCUCCCCAAGCUCAGAUCAGGGACCUGGCCCAGUUCGAGGCGGAGAGGAGGAAGGAUCAGGAGGAGYUGGCCCAGCAGUACGAGACCAUCCUGCAGGAGUGUGGCCAUGGGAAGUUCCAGUGGACGCUGUACUUUGUGCUGGGGCUGGCSCUSAUGGCAGACGGUGUGGAGAUCUUCGUGGUGGGCUUUGUGCUGCCCAGCGCAGAGAAGGACAUGUGUCUGUCAGAGGAAAGCAAGGGCAUGUUGGGUCUUAUUGUGUACCUGGGGAUGAUGGUGGGGGCCUUCCUGUGGGGCGGCCUGGCCGACCGGAUUGGACGGCGACAGACCCUCCUCAUUUCUCUCUCCAUCAACAGCGUGUUUGCCUUCUUCUCCUCCUUCGUUCAAGGAUACAGCUCCUUCCUUUUAUGCCGUCUGCUCUCCGGCGUGGGGUAAGGAAGGACGCUGUGU